AAUUACCUCGAGGAGGAAGUUUAAAAUGUAUGCGGAAGAUAUAGUAUUCAAUAAAUGCGUGUAAUAUUCAGGUGAUAUAAAUUAAACUAUUUCUUCAGAUACAAAGAUUCUUUUUGUGGAUCACCUGCAAUACAACAGCAACCAAAGAUGAGACUACUCAUUUUCCUUGUGGCUGUCACGUAUUUAGUCUGUUGGGCUGACCUCUGCUGCUUUCCAAAGCAAUGGGAAGGAACUCUGAGCGUGUUGAUGCCAAAUUCUUCUCAAGGCGGAUUAUUUUCUCAGGAUAAUGUAGACAUCUCUGUUGAUAUGACUGGACAAAGGAUACGAGAGUAUGUUCGCUCCACUGGCACCAUAUAUCUGAUGUUUUACAAAGAGGGUGUUGGCUACAUGAUUGACAAUUCGACCUGUUCUAAAGGAAGUGUUUCACCAUGGCCUAGCGGUGCAGUUUGUGUUCCAGGAGAUGCCAAGUUACUUAGGAAAUACCAGCUUGGUAUAAAAGAAAAGAUGAAUGUAAUUGACUACAUAUUCAUUACAAAUAGCAAAACAUCGGGCAAUAUGCUAGAGCAAACAGUUAGAACAGUAACAGAUAUGUGUCAACCGGUGGAAGACAAAGUCAUGCGUAAAUAUUCAGAGUGGAAUAGUACUGACGUAUAUACUGUCACCUAUGAGAAUAUCACACCAGGAAUCAAGGACCCAAGCGUGUUCAAUAUACCUAGUACCUGCAAAUCAUCUACAAGAAAGGUUUGCUGAUUGCAAUACUUGUUAACUGUAAACAAUACUGCUA